CAGACCUCGGGGAGUUUGACGGAGCAGAUCUGAGUUAUGAGCUGGAGAUCAGCAGCGACUGAGACGAGCAGCGGACAUGGACAAACAGAAAGUGCUGUCCAAGCUUCUCUGGGACCUGCAGUCCUUCCUGUCUGUCCUGGACUCAGAGAACUUGAGUUACAUCGCUCAGGCUCAGAGGAAGUCCAUCUCAGAGCUGCUGUCCAAACUGCAGACACAGGACACCCCAGUGGAAGACGCUGAGUACAUGAUCAUGAGCUGUCCAUCAGCGUCUCCGAGCAACGAGCUGACAGACACACCUUGGACAGGCGUCUUCUCCUCUGAGCUGCUCUCGAACCUGGACUCCAGCGUCUGGCUGAAGGACGAGAUUCAGAGCCCCACAGUGCCCCCCCACCCGCCAGGAGGUCUAGGAAGUGAUGAUGAUGAAGAUACUUACGAAGAAGCAGAACCCUACGUACCUGCUGACACGACCACGUCGAACACCGAGAAGGCGGAUUCAGACAGCAGUCACUAUGAGUCCUACGGUGAUGAAGAUGAUGAGGAGGAUGAGGGGGAGGAGCUAGUGAAGGACAGAGCUCAUUACAUCCAAUGGAGCGCCUCUCAGCCCUGCCUAAGGCCCGCCCCUGAGUCCCGCCUCUGUGGCUACCUGUGGAGGAGGAAGUGGCUCGGACAGUGGACCAAACACCUGUUCAUCAUCCGGAACAGCGAGCUGCUGUGUUAUAAAUGUGCUCGGGACCUUCUGCCUCACCUGGAGCUGAACCUGCUCGGCUGUCAGCUCGUCUACAAGUCCAAGAGCAACAGGAAGAUCCAGCACCAGCUCAAACUGGUUUUGCUGGGCUCCGACUCCCUGGUGCUGGGAUACAACAGCUUCGAGCAGGCCGACGAGUGGAAGAGGGUGAUAGAGGAGGUGAGUGUUGGAGGUGAAGAGGAGAUACGUCGACCAUCAUCUCCGAUCAGAUCAGAGCAGCUGCUGUCCUGCAGGUCCAGUUCAGUCCAGAGCGACUCUGAGGAGGAGAAACCUUCUGCUCGCUGCAGCCUCCACAAACACAAAGGCAACCUGAACGUGCUGAUGAACUGUCAAUGGCAGAGUUUACUGUGUCGGGUGGAGGACGGCGUCCUUAACAUGUUUGGAGAGGAGGAGGAGGAGGAGGAGGAGGAGGAGGAGGAGGAGGGAGGGGAGAGGAAGAGCAAGCGAUCUCCUCAGUACACUGUCCAGCUCCGAGGCUGCGAGGUCCGAGCCGGGCCCGACACCGACCACUCGUACAGGAUCACGCUGAGCCUGCUCGGGGACCCGCUCGCGGUGCUGGAGGUCAGAAGUUUGGAGGAAAAGGAAAGAUGGCUGAAGCUGCUGCAGGACGGAGCUGUCAGUCACCAAGACACCACUGCACAGGGACACACAGGUGGAGCUCUCAGUGGGCUGCAGACUCAGAGGUUUCCCACCUCCAACACCUACAUGGAUGACCCCUUCCACCUGAGUGGACCAGGCCGGGACCAGCCCAUCUACUCCAACACCUCCAUCCUGGAGCACAUGCUCCACAGCUCAGAGUCGUCCAAAGACUCCGUGACCUUCAGCAACACGGUGAUCACCAACAGGAGGGGGGGGGAGGUGGAGCGCAGCGUUCAGAAGUUGGAGCUGACCGGGACGAGGCCGGUGCAGCUGAGGUCCGGUUCAGAGAUCAACCUGUCGUCUGCUGGGAAGCAAAACAAGCGCACCUCUUUCCGACAGUCGCUGGCUGUGUGUAGUGAACGUGCUCAGGUGGGUUUCCUGAACCCUCUGUUGCGACGGACGGCCUCAGCUAAAACCUCUCUGAGACGAGCUCCGUCAGCGUUGUUCAUGGAACAUGUGAAGGUCUUCCAGAGGAAGAAGGAGUGGGAAACUAAAGCUGCAGUUUGACUCUUCAUCACAUCGUCACCUGAAGAGUCGUCUUAUAACUUCACGCCUUCGUCUCGUAACAUAUAGACAUUCAGUGAGCACUUUAUUAGGAACACCUGUGCACCUGCUUCUUCCAUCACUUAUCCAAUCAGCCAAUCAUGUGGCAGCUUCAUCCAUGAUCGAUCAUAAUCCAGCACAUGUGAACACGUCUGUGUGCGGAGACAAAUCAGUUUCUUCUUCUUCUUCUUUGGUCGUUUUACUGCCAUCAACUGCUGGACUUCAAUCAAUCCUAUUUUAUUUGUAUAGCCCAUAUUCAGAAAAAAUCAAAAUUUGUCUCAUCGGGUUUAACAAGGAGAGACUUUCUCUGUUCUUAACCCUCAACAAGAAUCUUUCCCGUUUGUGGUUUGUUUAGUCUCUUUGUGGUUGUUUGUCUCUUUGUGGUUUGUUUAGUCUCUUUGUGGUUGUUUGUCUCUUUGUGGUUUGUUUAGUCUCUUUGUGGUUGUUUGUGACAUUGUGGUUUGUUUAGUCUCUUUGUGGUUGUUUGUGACUUUGUGGUUUGUUUUGUCUCUAUGUGGUUGUUUGUGUCUUUGUCUCUUUGUGGUUUGUUUUGUCUCUUUGUGGUUGUUUGUGUCUUUGUGGUUGAUUGUGUCUUUGUUGUUUUUUUUGUCUCUUUGUUGUUGUUUUGUGUCUUUCUUCCUGUGAGGCUCGUACAGUAAUCAAUCAUCAGACGCAGCAGUACCUGAACAACGUGCUGCUGUGGGUUCAGUUACUUUUCUAUGUUGUGUGUUUGCUUGUGUGCGUUGGAUGUGACACAGCUUCACUGACUGAUGUAAACUUCAGGAUUUGUUUGAUUUUGUAUUGACGUUUGAUUUGAUUGUGUUGUAACUUAAACAGUUGUGUGUCAUUGUUAUUAUAUUCUGUACAUAUAUAAUGAAUCUGUUUUAUUCAGGUCACUCAUUUGUAUGAUUUUUAUAUUUAGUGAAUUUUGUAAUCUCAGGAGAAUGUGUGUUUGUUGGCGUUGGACUAAACACUGAUGUGUAACAUUAAACAUUUCUCAUCACUUCA